CAGUCAGAGCAGGAGGAGGAAAACCAGUAAAUACUUCAGCAGGAUGCAGGUAUAACAGCAUUUCGGUGUUGCUGGUUUCUCUCUCAGACUGACUGAAGAUGAGUGGUUUGGAGGAAGAGGAGGGCAGGGCAGGGUCUCCAGGAUCCAGCUGUCUGUCUAUGAAGAGUGAUUUGUCCAAAGAUUUUCCUCCAGACUUCAGUAAUGAAGCGUCAGACUCAAAAGGUCAGCAGCACAGACACACAGCAGAGUCUUCAGUAUCCAGCUGUCUGUCUAUGAAGAGUGACCACUCCAAAGGUCUUCCUCCAUUCUUCAGUAAUGAACCUGGACCCCAGUGUGGAGAAAGAUCCAGAACCAGAGCUGGACUGCAGACAGCCAGUCAGAGCAGCUGUGUACAAACAGAUCCUGGUCUGCAGGAGGUUUUAGAGGAACAUAAGAUCAGUCUGAGGAGGAGAUGUGAACGUGUGACUGAAGGAAGUGAUGAAACAGGAAGUAGAACCCUCCUGAACACGAUCUACACUGAGCUCUACAUCACAGAGGGACAGAGUGAAGAGCUUCAUACCCAACAUGAGGUGAGGCAGCUGGAGACAGCUUCCAGGAAGAAGACCCUCCAUGACACUCCAAUCAGGUGCCACGACAUCUUUAAAGCCUUCCCUGACCAACAGAGACCCAUCAGAGUGGUUCUGACCAACGGCGUCGCUGGUGUUGGAAAAACCUUCUCAGUGCAGAAGUUCACUCUGGACUGGGCAGAGGGCUUGGAGAACCAACAUGUCAGUGUGGUGAUUCUGCUUUCAUUCAGGGAGCUGAACCUGAUCCCAGAUCAGCGGUACAGUCUUCUGGAGCUGCUCCAUGUAUUCCAUCCAACAUUACAGAAGGUCCCAGCAGAGAAGCUCGCUGUCUGUAAACUUCUGUUCAUCUUUGACGGCCUGGAUGAAAGCAGACUUUCACUGGAUUUCACCAACAGGAAGCUCGUGUCUGAUGUCACACAGAAGUCAUCAGUCACUGUGCUGCUGACAAACCUCAUCAAGGGGAAUCUGCUUCCCUCGGCUCUCAUCUGGAUAACUUCCCGACCUGCAGCAGCCAAUCAGAUCCCUCCUAAUCAUGUCCACAGGUUCACUGAAGUACAAGGCUUCACUGAUGCCCAGAAGGAGGAGUACUUCAGGAGGAGAUUCAGUGAUGAACAGCUGCCCAGCAGAAUCAUCUCCCACAUGAAGACAUCCAGGAGCCUCCACAUCAUGUGUAGAAUCCCAGUCUUCUGCUGGAUCACUGCUACAGUUCUGGAGCACAUGUUGACUACAGAGCAGGGAGGAGAGCUGCCCAAGACCCUGACUGACAUGUACUCACACUUCCUGCUGGUUCAGACAAAAAGGAAGAAGAACAAGUACCAUGAGGGACAUGAGACGAGUCCACAGGAGCUGAUGGAGGCUAACGGGGAAGUUCUUCUGAAGCUGGGGAGGCUGGCGUUUGAACAUCUGCAGAAAGGAAACAUCAUGUUUUAUCAAGAAGACCUGGAGCAGUGUGGUCUGGAUGUGACAGAGGCCUCGGUGUACUCAGGAGUUUGUACAGAGAUCUUCAAAAGAGAGUGUGUGACCUUCCAGAAACCAGUCUACUGCUUUGUUCAUCUGAGCAUUCAGGAGUUUCUGGCUGCAGUCUACAUGUUCCACUGUUUCACCAACAGGAAGACAAAGGUGAUGGAUGAAUUCCUGGGGAACAUUUUAAAAGAAAAAAAGCACAGUGACUCAAACCCAACAUCAUUCAAAGAGAAGAUCUUUAGGUUCUUCAGAUUCACUGAUCAGAAUUCAGUGAUCACUGAUUAUCAAGUUAAAGCUCAGUGUUUCCAAUUUCUGGACGUGUUUCUGAUCAGAGUCAUGGAGAAAUCCUUCAAGAGUAAAAACGGCCACCUGGACCUGUUUGUUCGCUUCCUUCAUGGCCUCUCUCUGGAGUCCAACCAGAGACUCUUAGGAGGUCUGCUGGGUCAGACAGAGAACAGCCCAGAAAUCAUCCAGAGAGCCAUCAACAACCUGAAGGAGAUGAACAGUGAUCAAAUCUCUCCUGAUAGAAGCAUCAACAUCUUCCACUGUCUGAUGGAGAUGAAGGACCUCUCAGUACAUCAGGAGAUCCAAGAGUUCCUGAAGUCAGAGAACAGAUCAAUGAAGGAGCUCUCUGAGAUCCAGUGCUCAGCUCUGGCCUACAUGCUGCAGAUGUCAGAGGAGGUUCUGGAUGAGUUGUACCUGCAGAAGUACAACACAUCAGUGGAGGGACGACGGAGACUGAUCCCAGCUGUGAGGAACUGCAGGAAGGCUGAACUUUCUGACUGUGGACUCUCAGAGACUCACUGUGAAGUUGUAGCUUCAGCUCUGAAGUCCACCCCCUCCCAUCUGACAUAUCUGAACCUGAGCAGGAACAACCUGCAGGAUUCAGGAGUGAAGCUGUUGUCUGCUGGAUUGGAGAGUCCAAACUGUAAACUGGAAACUCUGAGAUUGAGGAGCUGCAGCCUGUCAGAGAUCAGCUGUGUGUCUCUGAGCUCAGCUCUGAAGUCCAACCCCUCCCAUCUGAGAGAGCUGUGGCUGGGUGACGACAAGCUGCAGGAUUCAGGAGUGAAGCAGCUGUGUGGUUUUCUGGAGAGUCCAGAAUGUAGACUGCAGACUCUGAGUUUGUAUGGAUGCAGUUUGACAAAGAUCAGCUGUUCAUCUUUGGCUGCAGCUCUGAAGUCCAACCCCUCCCAUCUGAAAAGUCUGUACCUGAACGGAAACAACCUGCAGGAUCCAGAUGUGAAGCAGCUGUUUGAUCUUGAAAAGAGUCCACACUGUAGUCUGAAGUAUCUGAGGUGGUGGUGAUGAUCUUUGUCCUGAUGAGAGUGAGCAGGACGGUGUGUGUGCUGAGAGAGGAUGAGCUGUGUCCUGAUGAUCCAGAGUCCUCCAUCAUCCCCAUGUGUUCCUCUGGAUCUUCUGAUGGACUUUGUGUCUCCAUUAAAGGACAAAGAAAAGUUAGCUGUAUUUCUGUACAGAAAAUAAGUUUGAUCAUAUUUUUCUUUCUUAAUAAGAUCGUCUGUAUGCGAUUUGAAUAGAACUUGGUUGUUUGUCCAAAUGCUGAGGUCUGUAACUUUCUUAAUAUUGGACCAGUGAACAGUGGAAAUGUGUCAGUUAUUGCAGCUCUCACCUGUCACUCUGGAGAACAACAUAAAUUCAGUGUGCAACAAGUUUAAGGUCAUUAAGUCCAGCUUGGAGAACAUUAAAAGAAGAUUUGAGGCUUUCAUGGCUGCUUGUGGAGAACCUGCGAUACAAUCCAAUAUCUGCAUAUAAAUGUACAGAACAAUGAGUUAAAGAUGAAAGAAUAUUAUUACUAUGAAGUGCAAAAAGAAGUGGAGCUAGAGGGAAACUGGUGGGAAAGCUUCAGUAAUGGGUAAAGUCUCUAAAUAAUCAUGAAGUAAGCAGCUUGAUCACAGAUCCAGAUUUGACUCAAUAAAGAACACAAGAGUCCAAGCAGCAAAAGUCCUGUCAGAAGAAGGCUGUGGAAACUCAGAAGAUGAGGAGCGUCUCUAAAGCUCUUCUCAGGAGGAGAAACAGGACAGUCGGGGUGGGCUCAGACAGAGCAGCAUUUCACAGUGGAUGAUGGAGAAAAGUCCAGUUCACUGAUGAAGUCCACUUAGAGACAAGUGUCAGUAACAGAAGGGUGAAUGUAAGGAGAGCAACAGGAGAGAAGGAGACCACAGAGGGUCAAAGCCACAUGGAGAUUCAAGUCCAAGCAAAGAGAAGCAGCACUCCAUCCUUCAGAGACAUGCCUUACUAUCAUGAUGAAUGUUUGUGGAGAGGAUUGAUGCAGCAGGAUACUGAGCCCAAACACAGCUCAGCCCUUUAAGAAAUCCUUGAAGACCAAAGAAGAGCAGGGAGUGCUGACAGUCAUGGACUUUCCUCCACAGUCACCUGACCUCAACCCCACUGAACAUUUCUGAAGACUGAGGAAGAAAAACAUUCCUGACAUGGAAACAAAAACCACAAUCUCCCUCAUCAGCUUCCUCUAACAAACCUCAUUGUGAACAUUCAGAUUUCACUGGUUCCAAACAUCUUCUCCACAGCUGACUUCCUGUCUGAGGGGGUUUGUCAGGUGGCUCAUUGGAGAUCAGCUCUCUGCUGUCACCCUUCUGUUGUUUCUUCCCGCUGUGACGUCGAGCUUCACCUCUGAUCGGGAAAGUUGACACAUGAGAACAGACGGUCAGUUGUGAUGUCACACUGUCAGAGGUGAUGUCACCACACUGAGUUCCCUCAGCGCACCGUGUGCCUCACAUUACACAAAGAUUACACAAUUUACAGUUCAGAGUUUUUAUGAUGGAGCAGAGAGAAAUGAUUUUUCAUUGGAAGUGAAUCCUGAGCAAACAAUCCAACUUUCUUCUAGUUCCAAGUUUCCUCAGUUUAAAUCUGCACCUGAUUCAGAUUCAGGUCUUUGAUGAUGAACCUCUGAUUUCUCAGAGGAAAUCAAUGUUUCUCCAUCUGAAGAGAACCCUCGUCUUCAAUCUGUGCUUCCAUUUAGUCAACAACUAAAAGUUUUCUCACUUUAUAUCCACAGCUGAUCAAAUAUGAGACAUGAUGAGUUUAAUGUAAUAGUGUGCAAACUGUCAUCAAGGAAAAAAGAUUAAUCUGAAAUAUGAAACUGAUUUCUUUGCUUCCUCUUUUUACCAACAACUGCUGCACUGUUUGUUCAUGUUGACAGGAUUCUAUUUUUUUUCAGUUUUUUGUUGUUUUUGCUGAAUUGACGAAUUGUGAACAUUAACCCUUAAGAGUCCUGUUGGGGUUUUAUUUUUUUACCCAAAGAAUAAAAUGACAAAUGUUUAAAAGUAAACUCCAGGAAAUUAAUUAAUAAACAGUGGCUGAAGCAAACAUGAGACAAUUUAAUAAACAGAUACAUUAGACAUUAGAAAGUGCCAGACUAAAUUCCCAGUCUCAGUGUAUCUUAUCUUGAAGAUUCGGCCACAGUACAUACAAUUAAAACAUCCCCAUGUUCUGCUAUUAAUCCGGAUAAGAUUGCUUUGUAUUGAUUAAUUGAAACAUCAGGGAGAAGAUGUGCUUUUUGGCUUUAUCGCUGAUGGAAGGAAUCUGAGUCAUGAAAACCAGCACUGGACAAGCCCAAUGAUGAAGGCCAACUGGGAGCAGCCACACUCUGUGUGUAGAUAGUGGCAGUAUAAAGAUGUUAUGGUUAGUGAGGAACACGGGCUCAGAGGGGGAG